CUCAUUUUUUAUAUUUAUUAUUAUUAGUAUAUAGUCAUUUACUUUUGGUGAUAUGCACAAAGAUAUAUUGAAAAUAGUUCUUAUAGGUGAUGGAGGGACUGGUAAGACAAGUUUACGAAAUCAGUAUAUUCAUAAGCGAUUUACCAAUGCAUACAAGGCAACUAUUGGAGCCGACUUUAUCACAAAAGAAGUAGUUCGUCAAGAUGGCAAGAAAGUCAUGAUGCAAAUCUGGGAUACAGCAGGUCAAGAAAGAUUUGCUUCAUUAGGGGUUGCGUAUUACCGAGGAGCUGAUGCUUGUGUACUUGUUUAUGAUGUCAACAACUUUUUAUCUUUUCAACAUAUUGGACAUUGGCGUGAUGAAUUCUUGAAACAAUCGUCUUUACCACAAGAAGAAGCAGCUCAUUUUCCGAUGAUGAUGAUUGGGAAUAAAAUUGAUUUGGAUGAUCGGGUGGUAUCUCGUCGACAAGCCAAGGCAUGGGCAGAGGAACAUUCUUCAGAUCAUAUGCAAAUUGCUUGUUUUGAAGCCAGUGCAAAGGAUGGUACUAAUGUGGAAAAAGCUUUUCGUCAUUUGGCUCAUAUGGUUAAGAUCCCUCAAUUAGAAUUGGAUAUGAAUAAUGGUGAUAAUAAUAAUUUAGAAUUGGAUAGUCCUCGUCGUCGAUCUUCUUUACGUUCAGGUGGUAAUCUUUGUUGCUAAUUAUCUCUCUCUUUUAUUAUUAUUUUAAGUUGUAUUAUAUUACUGUUAUUAUUAUUUAUCAUUUAUAAUUAUUUUAUUAUUAUUAUUAUUU